AAAAUAACGUGACAGCUGAUCCCAAAGAACACAGUAAUAACGAGUCCAGAAAAACUCCCCUUUCCAGGGCAAAAGACAGGAAAAAACGAAAGGCCACAACUUGCCAGCAUCCCUUCCCAAGCUCCAUCGACAAAAAACGAGGAGAGAGAAAGUGUUUAGCUUCCUAAAGUCGUGGUUACCAGUUUUGCAGUGAAUAUUACUGCUGAUGUUAAUUUUAAUUAAUUAAUUUUGCUAAUUUCUCUCAUCUUUCUCCGCCAAAAACUCUUUGUUUGGAGGAAUGAGUUGCUGCUAACUACUUACUUCGACGCGAUCUUUGAUGCUUCACUACUACGCCGAUUUUCGAUUGCUCUUAAACCCUAAUUGUUUAGCAGAUAGGAAUAUUGUACUGUGUGUUGCGUGAUGAUCAUGCGAUAAGGUAUUUUAUUCAUUUGUGCAAACAACUUGCAAACUGCUACUCAUGGCUCGGAGAGGAAAUCAACCGAAAAGGGGUAUUGAUCAGACUUCUUCAAAGAGUAAAAAAAAGGACCCAGAUGUUAAAGGUUUUGUUGAUGAACUUCUGAGUGGUGAACAUCUUAACUCUCCUCUGACUGACUGUGCUAGUAGGACCUCUGUUGCAGGAGAUGGGAGAAAAAAGAACAAAAAAUCUAAAAAUGUUUCCAAGAAAAGUGAGCUGAAGGUUGAUGGCGUAGAAGUUGGCUCCUCAGUCCCUGACAAUAGUGUCUCUGGAGAGAGUAUGGAAAAGCUUCCAAGGGACUUUAAUACAUCACAUGUCAGUAACAAUAGCUCAGGAAAUCAUGAUGGUGCUGAUAAUCAUAGAGUAAAUGGAUCUUUUAUAGCUGGCAGAACUGAUAAAUUGGGGAUUUUUCGUAUGAUGGUACUUGAAAACCUGAGACAUUAUGCCCUGUCUAUCUUAAGGAUAUCUCGUGGAUGGCUGGAAAGGAAACAACCAGUUUUCGCUGCUGUAGUGAGAAAUGUUUACAAAUUUCGUAAGUAUAUACAAUUAAAACUUGUUCACACAUAUCCUAUUGUUCUGAAGUGGCUUUUCCAUCUCGGCAACAUUCUGCUCCUUGUGUCAAUGGUUUGGUUGGAUUGUGCUUUUCGUGGCAUGGACUCCUUUCUGCGGAUGGGAACAACUUCCUUCUUUUCUAUCCUGUGGUUCAGCAUACUUUCCAUCAUUGCAAUGAUUGGGAUGUUCAAGUUUCUGUUGGUGUUGGCUUUUGCUGCAUUAAUUGGAGUUUUGGUGGGCUAUAUCAUUUCAUUGCUGGUAAUUGUUAUUGCUGGAGGAGUAUUCCUUUGGAUAUAUGGAAGUUUUUGGACCACAUCUGUUGUCAUCAUUCUUGCCGGAUUGGCAUUUAUAUUGAGUUGCGAACGCAUUUCCUUAUCAAUUCUUACUGUAUAUUCAGUAUAUUGUGCUUGGGCAUAUGUUGGAUGGCUUGGGGUGCUUUUGGGUUUCAAUCUGUCAUUCAUUUCAAGUGAUGCACUUAUAUACUUCCUGAAAAAUAACAUAGAUGAACGGAGAAGUAAGUCAUCUGAACGAGCAGAUGGAGUUCAAGGUGAUCGAAGCUAUUUUAACGGUGAAGCACAGUUUCAGUACUCGGACGUUGGUUCACGAAAGUCAAUGGAUCGUAAUGCUGGUGUUGCUUCUACCAGUGGGGCUGAUUCUGAGAUUUCAUCUGAAGAUGAAGUUGUUCGUUUAUUAAAUUGUACUGAUCACUACUCAGCAUUGGGCUUGUCUCGGUAUCAGCAAGUAGAUGAGUCUGUACUGAAGAAAGAGUACAGAAAAAAGGCUAUGCUUGUUCAUCCUGAUAAAAAUAUGGGAAAUGAAAAGGCUGCAGAAGCUUUUAAGAAACUUCAAAAUGCAUAUGAGGUUUUGCUAGAUUCUUUGAAGCGAAAAGCUUACGAUGAUGAACUUAGGAAGGAAGAGUUACUGAGUUAUUUCUGCCGGUUUCAGGGUUCUUCUCAAAAGAGUGGACGUCAUGGCUUAUUUCCUAAUGGUUUUGCACGCUCAGAGGGGGAUGGAAAAGACCCUCUGGGGGAGGCAAGAAGAAUUGCAUGCAAGAAGUGUGGGAGCUUUCACAUAUGGUUCCAAACAAAGAAAUCUAAAUUAAAAGCAAGAUGGUGCCAGGAUUGUGAGGAAUUACAUCAAGCUAAAGAUGGGGAUGGAUGGGUUGAACAGUCUUCCCAACCUUUGCUUUUCGGAAUACUACGGAAGGUUGAUGUACCUGUUGCAUAUGUUUGUGCCGAUGGCAGAGUAUAUGAUGCCACUGAGUGGUAUAUCUGUCAGGGAAUGAGAUGCCCGGCUAACUCACACAAACCAAGUUUUCAUGUUAACACUAGCAUAACAAAGAACAGUUUUGGGAAAGGAUCAUCUACAUCACAUAGAGGUGGUGGGGUGGAGGCGGCAGCAGCAAAUAUGGAAGAAAAUAUGACCGAGGAAGAGUUCUUCGAGUGGUUACAGAACGCUAUGCAAACAGGAAUGUUUGAGAACUUUAAUGGGGUUAAUCUGAAUGAGAGUUCACAAAGUAGCACCAAAAACGACACAAAAACUGGUAGUGCAAAUACUAGUGGUGGUGGUAGUGCUAGCAGCAGUAGGAAAAAGAAAAAGGGUAAAAAACCGUGGUAAACUUAACAAAUCAUCCUUCUAUGAACCCAUCUUGAUUUCUGUAAGUGAGGAGGAGGGAGAGUGAAUGAAGAGAUUCGACAUGUCAAAUACCCGGUCUUGUAAUGUGGUGUGAAAAUGUACACUGCAAUUGAGAUAGCCAUGCGCAGGUUGUAUAUUUUCUGUUGUUUGACAGUCUUUAGAUGAUCAUUAUACUCGACAGAAUGUAACGCUCUGAAAAAAAUGGCAAUUCUGUUUUCCGUGGAAUCGUAAGAUAAACUGGCAAAAAAAUAUACAAGUAGAAGUUUACCAGCCUA